GAGAAAGGCAAAGAGCCAAUGCAGUUUAACAAAAGUUUGUUCUACCAUAGUCUUAACUUUUUGGGUUGGCUUAAAAACAAGGCUGCAUAAUUCUGGAGGACUGGGGGAUGUCGUUAUUGAUGUGAAAUAAAAACUAUCCUGAGUUGUCUCUGGAAAGAUCAGGGUUUUGUGGAGAAGAGGGAAAAGGCGUUAUUAAAAUGGAGUUCAAGAGAUGUUUGGGUGCAUCAACAGAAGAGGAAAAAGGAAGACAAGAGGGUGGGGAAGAUCAUAGUAAUAAUGCUAGCAGUAGUGCUGUCCAUGAAGAGCUGGAUUUGGUACAAAUGUAUCUUACCUGUUUGCCUGAAAGAUACAUGAAAGCGAAAUUCACUCUGACAGCUUACAGGACCUGCUGGCUGUUGCUGAAGCUCUGCAAGAAAGCCUAUGAGAAACGACUCUCUGCUUCAGAAAAGGAGUGCCAAGGAGGUGCUGUAAGAAGGACAGCUGGAGGAACAGAAAAGAGUACUUCUGAGAAAAGGCAGCUCCACAUCCAGACCCCAGAGCCAGCUGAAAACUACAUCAGUGAAGGAGAGUUUGAAGAUGAUCUGAAUUCUUCUACCCCAAGCACAAUAGAGCUAGAGAUACGUGGAUCCAGCCAAGAAACAGAUGAAGAUUAUUUUGAGACCCAGUCACAUCAGAGUGGGUCUUUGUCGGAUGUUAAAACUGAGCCUUAUGAGAGUGUAUCAGACACAGAAUCUGUUUCUAGUGACAUAACUGGGGAAACAUGCUUGGAUCCAAACUGCCUUUUUACUGAAAAAAAAAAUCUGUGCUGUAGUCUUCCUAAAGCAAAGGCAGAAACAGCCCUUCAGGAACUUAAGUGCUCAAGGCAACCAGAAUUUACCCAGCAGGUGUGGUCAGAAGUGUCCUCCAAAAUAAAAGCAACACCAAGUAAAACCGAAUUUUGCAUACAAUCUGUGAAGUCAGAAGGUGAAGAAUUGCAUGAUGAAGAGCUAACUUUAACUAGUGAUAUUUCAAACACGGAGAACCAAGUCAGUGAAGAUGACAUUAUAUCACAGAUACAUAGAAAGUUUGUAGCAGUAUUGCAAAAUAAAGCAGAGUUUGAAAGCAGUAAAGUGCAGUCUUGUGCCAACUUCAUACCCAUAGAAGAUGGUGUUACAAGACAGAAGGAACAUCCUGCAGUAUUAAGCAUUGCUUGUUUCAAAGCAAACUCAGAAAGUUCAUUGGUUUUUCCUGAGGUACAAAAAUUUUCCUUCCAGUCAGAUGCAGCAUCAAGUUGUAGUUUGCCUAAUCUUCGUUUUGAAACAGAUGGACCUAACCGUAAAAGUGACACCGGGACAUCUGACUAUAAGUGUGAAUUAGAUUCUAUGUGCAGUAUAAAAUGCAGCAAGAGAAACUCAGUUGACAGUGAGGAAACUACAGGUAAAACGAUAAAACAUGAAGGUACAGAAACCAUGUUGACAUCAGAGUCAUUCUUUUACCAGACCUGCUUCAACCCAAAAUCUCAGCCACCACUCAGGAGGUCAGAGAUUACAGAAGGUAAAACAUGGCACAGCGUACCUGAAAAUAUCAGUGCUCAAAGCAGGACAGAAUACAUAGGGAACUGUAUUCAUCUGACAGACAAAUUUAGAUGGUCGUGUUCCAGAGUACAUCUUCAAGGGCUGGAUUUCGAAUACACUUGGAAAAAUUUAGGAAGGGUACCUGUAAGCCAUGAAAAAGCAAUAAAAAUAGAAGGCAAAUUUGAUGUAGAAAGGUCUCUUCUUAAUACUGACAUAGACUCAAAUGACUGUCAGCUUUCUCAGCCAGCAGGCUCUCCCCAGUGCGUUGAUUAUGAUUUGCACUAUAAAUCAGAGAUGUGUGGCCUUAGCCCAGAAGCAGCAGAUACAUGUGCUGAUAUCUUAACUUCUACACAGACUGAUGCUUUUGUGUGCAAUCUCAAACAAAAGGAGACUUCAUCUGCCUUGGACUGUGAGCCGCUGAUCAGAAAUGCUGAAGAACUUAUAAAAAGUCACCACUACAAAGCUGAAAGAGACCUGGAAGCAGACAGAUUCACUUGUGAUAUUGAUGUUCAGCCUGGCAUUGGUGACACUGAGAACUUAGCAGAUAGUCAUGUAGCUUUUCCUCCUGUUGUGGAAAACAGAGAUUGUGACUGUGCUGUAAACUGUGUUUCCAUUUGUAGAACACAGCAGAAAUGUUUGAAGGGUAGUGGCCUUGAAUCUGAACUGUCAGGUAUGAAGGUCGUGGUAGGGAAAAGAUGGGUAGAUGAUUCUUCUAACCUCGACUUUGGUUGUAAAGUCCUGGAAGCCACAAUGCAACCAGGUGGCAGCAGCACUGAGGCAGAGCACAAAGAGUCAAUGCAGCAAAGUACAGGUUGCAAAACUGGUGCCUUAAGGAAUCGUUCUGACCUAGUAACAAAUGAACACCCUGCUCCUACAGGAAAGGAUGAAGACAGUGUCUUUGCUGUUGAAAUGACUCCCAGAUCAAACUAUAUAGGCCAGAGAAGGCAUUUAAUGACUCUUCCAGAGUUAAAGCCUGGCCUAAUUAUAGUAUCUGUAGAGCAGAAAGGAUUACAGUCCCAGACACUGAAUUAUAACCUUCCUACUGAAGUGGUAACUGGACCAUUGAGAAAUGCAGUGAGCAAGGACUUGAUGUCUCCUCAUACCGUCAGCAAAGCUCAUGAUGAGCUGGAGAGAGUUCUGAGUGAAAGCUGUAGCUGUGAAGAACAGAUUCUGGCCACCCACCUCAUUCCUGGUGGUGCAGAGGUACUCCCUGGGAGGGAUACAGCUGAAGAAAAAACAGAAGUUUCACAAGAGAAGAGAGAAGAAACAGAUGCAGUUUCAUCUUCAGGGUUAAUCUAUAGUAAUUCCAUGGUAACAAGUGCAAAAGUGGAAUUUGAGAGUGUUACUGUACCACUGGACCAUAAUACACUUAUUGCAGAAAGUCAGGCAGAUCAAUGUGAAGAAGCAGUCUUUAAAUCACAUAGCAGAAGUGGUGUGAUGAUCUCUGAGAAAGAGCCUUGCAGAACAAAGACUGGAUUUGAAAUAGAGAGAGAACAGCUCAGAAGGUCAUGGGCUGAAAUAAGAGAUGACCAGGUGUCUAAGGAAGAGGAAUUCAAAGUUCAUCAAGGCGGAGAGGAAGGCUUAGAUAGAAGUAGUGCAGUAACACUGGAAAGGUGCAAUGUAAGUGAUUUGUGUCAGGGAGAUGGGGCUGAUGCUGACCAUCAAGGGCCCAUCAUCAUCUCUGAACAAGCAGCAGGCAGGCAAGGAACUGAAGGCUGUAAUGAUUCAAUGGAACAAAUGGGUAUUUGUGAAGAACCUUCUCCUGGUGAAGGAAAGGAGGGCUCUCCUGCAGAAGACACAGCAAGCCCUAGCAAAGACAGUACACAGAAUCCAGAUGUGUCUGAUUACUUGAACUGUUCUGUGAAAAGGGAGAUCCAUGACGCUUGCGUGCUGGGCCUGGAUAACAUAAGUACCUGCAGCACUAACAGCGAGGAAAUGGAUGAGAAUUCAUUCCACAUCCUAGGAGGUCACAGCAGUCUCUAUAAAGCUGUGCAAAAACCAACAAAGAAUGGGAAUAAUGGGAAAGCUUCCAGGUUUUUAGUAUUCUCAAAAAUGACAUCUUUCAGGAAAACUAAGCCUGCCAUAACAGAAAAUCAGGGAAGUAGCAGCCUCUUUGGCACCAAGGCAAAGAUGGAAGAACUGGGUGCUGGGAAAGAGGAUGAAGACACUGAAAGUUUACAGUCUUUCAAAAGUUGUUCAUCUGGUUCAGCCUUCCACAGGAAGGAAAGCUACACCUCUGAGUACUCUGAUGACGAUGAUUUAUUCUAUGAGAGACCCACAGGAUUGUUCAACAGAAUGAGCCUGAGGAAGGCUUCUGGCUCUGGUCGGAUCCUGAUGGAAGAUGUAGAUACAAAUUCAACUUCUCCCACACUGGCUGCUGUCAAAUAUGCUGAACAACAGAUUUCUAGUUCAUCUGAAAACAAUGACAGUGAACCUGUGGAAUACUCUGGGGUUAGAAAAUCGUUCCCUGAAAAUGAAUACAAAAGAAACAAAACCCCUGAUGGUAAGAAGUUCAAGACAAGGCUGGCCUUGGCACACAAAUCCCUAUCAAGCUUAUUUGAAUCAAAAUCUCCAGAAAAGGAAAAUACUGAGCAAAGCUCAAGAGUAUCGCUGAAAAACGAAAAGGAGAAAGCUAGAUUUCGCCAGAGCGCCUGGAAAGCUUUUCUAAAAAGCAAGGAGGCAGACGGACUAAGAAGGCCUGUCUUAGCAAGUUUAUCACCAACACAGGAGAGUGCAACUAGAGGCCAUGUAAUGAGAACAACUUCAGUAGAGCGACAGGAUAGUUCCAGCGGGCACACAUUUUUUAAAACAGAAACAGGUAAUGUCUCCUCAACAGACACCAACUAUUUGGACACCUCUGUGGAACCUGUUGAUGUCUCCUCACCUGCAGGUGUGUGGAGAAAACGAAUACAGUCCCAUGACCUGGGCAUCAGAUACUCACAGAGUUCAGACUGUGAUGAACAACAGGAGGCUCUGAGCAACUGUUUAAAUACUUCUCUAGAGGAAUACUGGAUGAAAUCUCCAUUUAGCCCCACAGACCUGCAGUCGUCAUUUAGCCAGUCAAGUCCAUCAUGUCCCCAGCUCUCAAAUUCUGAUGGUAAAGACAUGCCUUGUAGGCCCAUGAGUCCUAAACCGCAGAGUCCACGAUCCACGUCUCAACCCAAGAGCUUCCGUUAUCCUGGAAGAAUAUGUGCCACUUCAAUGAUCUCUCUUGGGAACAGCUCUGCAGUUGAAAGCAGUUUGGAAGCUCCUGAGAGACCAAAAACACUGAAACCCAGAGGUAGUCUCUUACUUUCUGUACACUCGUUGGACAACGAAUACCAGAGGGAUGACAGUGGCAUAAGCAGUCAGUCCCAGAUCAGCUUCACCACAGCUGCUUCCAUUAGUGACAUGCUCCGAGAUGAGGAGUCUAAACAGCAAUGUCAAACACCACCUGAAAAGAGGCCAAAUGAGAAAUGGCUUCCUCAUCGCAAACGAAGGCUCCCCGAGGUUCCACCAUCCCCACACCCUAUCUCCACCCUUGAGAGCAAAGCCUGGAGGCUCACCUUCCUUGCUCCAGAUGAAAAAUCCAAGGAGAUUCCAGAGAGGAGAAGGAAGAGACCUAAACCCCUCUAUAAGUGCUUCAGCUUCGAUGAUGUUUGGAUGGAGAGGAACCAAAAAAGGAAGCUAGAGAAGGAGACACAGCCAGAGAGAGGGAUUCAAUUGCAACACCUCCCAGAGGAUCAGUUAAAAGCUGGAAUAAGUCCAUCCAUCAUGUCUGCUGUUGCCUUGGACAUCCUGCCACUGAAAAUGCAUCCAUUUUCCCGGAGCACUCCGACGGGCUUAGACUGCGUGGGCUGGAAGAGGCGCAUCUCCUCUCCUGUGAUCGCUGAUGCAGCGCUGGAUAAGACGGCUCUCACAGACGAUGUGGGGAGCGAGGAGGACCUGUACGAGGACUUCCGGAGCUCCAACCACCGCUACGGCCACCCUGGGGGUGGCGGAGAGCAGCUCGCCAUCAAUGAGCUCAUCAGUGAUGGCAGCGUGGUGUACGCAGAAGCCCUCUGGGACCAUGUCACGAUGGAUGACCAAGAGCUGGGAUUCAAGGCUGGUGAUGUCAUUGAAGUAAUGGAUGCUACCAACAAGGAGUGGUGGUGGGGAAGGAUUCUGGACAGCGAAGGCUGGUUUCCAGCCAGCUUCGUACGGCUCCGAGUAAACCAGGAUGAACCCAUGGAAGAUUAUCCCCUGAAGGUAGAGGGUGGCAAAGAGGACGACUCCAGCAGUGGCACCCGCCGCUUUGGGAUGGGGCAGACCACCAAAGAUCAAAUGAGGACCAACGUCAUCAAUGAGAUCAUAAGCACAGAGAGGGACUACAUCAAGCAUCUGAAGGACAUUUGUGAGGGUUACAUUAAGCAGUGCCGCAAAAGAGCUGAUAUGUUUACAGAAGAGCAGCUGAAGACAAUCUUUGGGAAUAUUGAGGACAUCUACAGGUGCCAGAAGAAAUUUGUUAAAGCACUAGAGAAGAAAUUCAACAAAGACCACCCACAUUUGAGUGAGGUCGGCUCAUGCUUCUUGGAAUAUCAAACAGAGUUUCAGAUAUAUUCGGAAUACUGCAACAACCACCCCAACGCCUGCAUGGAGCUCUCCCGCCUCACCAAAGUCAACAAGUACGUCUACUUCUUCGAAGCCUGCCGCCUGCUGCAGAAGAUGAUCGACAUCUCUCUGGAUGGGUUUCUGCUGACUCCUGUGCAGAAAAUCUGCAAAUAUCCACUGCAACUGGCUGAACUGCUCAAAUACACCAACCCCCAACACAGGGAUUUUAAAGAUGUUGAAGCUGCCUUAAAUGCCAUGAAGAACGUUGCUCGGCUCAUCAAUGAGAGGAAGCGGCGGCUGGAGAACAUUGACAAGAUCGCUCAGUGGCAGAGUUCGAUAGAAGACUGGGAGGGUGAAGACGUCCUAGUCAGAAGCUCAGAACUCAUCUAUUCUGGGGAAUUAACAAAAAUCUCUCACCCUCAAGCCAAGAGCCAACAGAGGAUGUUCUUCCUCUUCGACCACCAGCUUGUCUGCUGCAAGAAGGACCUUCUGCGUCGGGACAUCUUGUAUUAUAAGAGUCGGAUCAACAUGGAUGAUAUGGAAAUACUGGAUGUAGAAGAUGGGAAGGACAAGGACUUCAAUAUCAGUGUGAAAAAUGCAUUUAAGUUGCACUGCCGAGACACUGAGGAAGUCCACUUAUUCUGUGCAAAAAAGCCUGAGCAGAAACAGCGCUGGCUGAAGGCAUUUGAGAAUGAAAGGAGACAGGUUCAGCUUGACCAGGAGACAGGCUUUUCAAUCACAGAGGUGCAGAAGAAGCAGGCCAUGCUGAACGCCAGCAAGCAACACCACACUGGGAAGCCAAAGGCUGUCACCAGGCCAUACUAUGACUUUCUGAUGCGUCAGAAGCAUCCCACCCUGCCUACCACGCUCCCUCAGCAGCAAGUCUUCAUGCUGGCAGAGCCCGCGCAAGCCCUCAAACUUCUGGCAGAACAUCAGCAGGCUGACGCCCUUCCGGAAAUAAGGGCAGCCCGUGUUUGUGCCUGAACCCCUUCUGAAAAAGCACUUUAUCCGUCAGUCCUGGGAGCUGGAGCCCAGGUUCUUCCAAUCCUUUGUUUACGGAGGAUGGCACACGUGCUCCUGCCUUCCCUAUUUAUUUUGCAGACCAACUGACUGCACUGGCUCUGAGGUGAGACACUGCGUGUGUGCUUGCACACGUGUGCAUUUGUGCCAGCCCUGUCGAGCCAGCCUUGCACAGUGCCCAAGAGGCAAACUUCCCAGAAGAGUUCACAGCAGGGAGCCUGACGUUUCAUCUGGAAAGAUUUUUUUGCUUUCAGCUGUGAGGACUCGCUCCUUCCUGCCAUGAACACUCCUGCUGCCCGGCAGCUGUCAGCAAGGGCAGGGCAGCUGGGACACCUGAUGUGCUCAGAACAGCAGUUCAGAGACACCGACAUGAUACAUUUUCCAUGGAUAAACCCUUCUGCUCUCUGCCCACCCCCACACCCCCAUUCCUCAAAGACAUGAUCCUCCUACACACGUCUAACUAAGUCGUUUAGCCAUUGCAGGCACUCAGACCAGACAACAGUGAGUAUUGCACUGUGACCUUUUUCUUUCCUUUAGUUCAACACCACUGAUGAACUACAGAGUACAUAAAACUGUGCCAAUGAACCUGCAGCAUGAGUCAAGUUCAAGAAUCUCUCUAGUGGGUUUGAGUUACAUAAGUUAGAGAAAAAUGUGCCUAAUUAAUACCGUACUCAAUUCCUUAGAUUCUAGUCUCUCCAUUGUUCUGCCAUAUCUCCUGGCCAAUGAAAAUGCUCAUUGUUUGUAAUGUGUUUAUUUAUGGUAAAAAUCAGAACUGUGUAUUUUCUAAGUCUGUAAUUGUUCUUGUCAGAUGUUAACUUGAUGCCUGUUUUGUCUGUUUUAUUAUUUUUUUUAAGAAAGGUCAAUAUUUGCAAACCUAGCUCCCAGAAGUCAGGGGCUACACUUCAAAUAUAAAAGACUAAAAUCAGAGUUGUUAUGCAAACUGCCACAGAUCCUCAAUUUAGGGAAUAUUACUGCAGGUUUCUGACACCUUGAAAAAAAUGUAAAGCCACUUUAAAACCAACUAAAUUUGGCACUAAGAGCCUCACUUGUAGUACCCAAGUUUCAAACUGUGGCCAAAAAGAAUUAAUUUAAACUUUGUUUAGCAAAAGGAAAGAUUUGCCUUACCGUAGUGUGAGAUCGAAGCCAUACUGACCGAGUUCCCUAGCUUAGGACAUCCUGUGACAUUGCUGUGAGCACUGUCUGCAGAGCGCAGAAGUCCAGUGUUUGUUGAUGCUGUAGCUGACCAAAGGCUGGUCAUCCAGGGAUAUCUGAAUUCAGUAGCAUGUACAAAGUCAUUCUUGCACUAUUAUCUUCCCCCCAGAACAGGGGCAACAUUUAAUUUCAUAAAGAAACUUGUAAAAGCAA